AUGCGCAUCCUAUUGGACUUGCAAGGUAAAGGGAUCCGUGUGCGCGAAGAACAUGGCAAUGACGAACGGAGAAGCCCCCAUCCUCGCAUCCUGGGAGCGCACGGCCUUGGGCUGGAGACCCUCGAAGGAGAAGGAGGUUGCACCCGGCUGGGGGGCGGGGGGAGACUGAAACGAAGCCGGGCAGCCCCGCUGCGCGUCUCCUCGGAUGGCAGCCUCCUCUCCGCGCUGCUCCCCAAGGCAUGUGCCCCGGGGUGGCGCCGGCGUGGGGAGGGGGGACUCUCUCUGCCUUCCCAGGGGAAGCUCCGUGGGAAAGCGGGGCGCCUGCCAGAUGGCCAGCCGGAGCCGGCCCGGGACCCCGGCCGCGGGGGCAGGAAGGUGCGUCUCUCCAGCCCCGCCUCGCCGCGCCCCGCCCCGCCUGGUCUUGAAUGCUGGGCUGGCGAGCGAAGAAGCAGAAGAAGCCGGUCGGGGCUCCCGCCUCCGCGCCGGGAGGGCAAGUGGGGGCGGCGCCGGAGGAAGGACCGGUCUUGGGGGGCAGCAGAGGCGCUGAAAGGCGCCCGGGGCACCAAGGACCGGAGCGCGGGGGGGGAAGACACCUGGCCGGCUCGGCUGCCUAGGGAGCGGCGAGGGGACCUGCCCGGUCCGCGCCCUCCGGAGGAGCGAUGCCCUCGCCUUGCCCGGGGGCGCCCACCGCCCAUGGGAUGUAGCCGCGGCGGGCCUCUGGGGGGGCUUCCGCGCGCCCCGCUCGCCCUGGCCAUGCUGCUGCUCUGCACCUACUUCUUCUACUGCCUGACCGGCCCCUGCCAGCCCCUCCGACGCCCAGGCCCGCCCGGGUGGCACCCCCAAGCCCGCCCGGCCCCCCGGGCGCCUCUCUUCCCCCACAGCCCUCCCGAGCCCCCCGGGGAGGAAGAAGAGGAGGAGGAAGACGAAGCCGCCGCCGGCCCCGAGGAGGACCCCUCGCUCCCCGAUGCUCCGGCCGGGGCUCUGCCCGUAGCCAGCGGCUUCGGCCAGAAGAAGUUCCCGCAGGCCAUCAUCGUCGGCGUGAAGAAGGGCGGGACUCGCGCACUGCUCGAGUUCCUGCGCGUCCACCCGGACGUGCGAGCCGUCGGGGCAGAGCCGCACUUCUUCGACCGCUGCUACGAGAAGGGGCUGCUCUGGUACAGAAACCUGAUGCCAAGGACCUUGGAAGGACAGAUCACCAUGGAGAAAACGCCAAGUUAUUUUGUGACCAAGGAAGCCCCGCGGCGCAUUUACAAUAUGUCCAGAGACACCAAGUUGAUUGUGGUGGUUCGUAACCCCGUGACCCGGGCCAUUUCGGAUUACACACAGACUCUUUCCAAGAACCCCACCAUCCCCAGCUUCCAAAACCUGGCCUUCAAGAAUCUGAGCACGGGCCUCAUUGAUACCACGUGGAGCGCGGUGAGGAUUGGCCUGUAUGUGAAACAUCUGGACCAUUGGCUGCGUUACUUCCCUCUAUCCAAACUUCUCUUCGUGAGCGGAGAGAGAUUGGUGAGCGACCCAGCCGGGGAAAUGGGCCGCGUACAAGACUUUCUGGGUCUCAAACGCGUGGUGACGGACAAGCACUUCUACUUCAAUGAAACCAAGGGUUUCCCUUGCUUGAAGAAACCGGAAGGGAGCAGCAGGCCCCGGUGUUUGGGGAAGUCCAAAGGACGGCCGCACCCCAAAAUCGACCUGCAGGUUGUCCGACGCCUGCAGGAAUUCUACAGACCUUUCAACUUAAAGUUCUAUCAAAUGACAGGGCAGGACUUUGGGUGGGACUGAGGUAUCUCCUGGCACCACCAAGGAGGCAGAUGGAGUGUGUCUUGGGAGCAAAUGGGAGGCCUUCUCCAAGAUCUCACGAAGUCCAUAACUUCUCCCCAAAAGCCUGUUGGGCAAAAAGGUGCAUCUGAAAUGCAAGCAUCCGAGGACCAUUUUCUGACCCCUUACUAAUUUAUAUAAUUUCCUUCCAAUAAGAGAGGAUGGUUAUGCCUACGGUGUACAGAGAGAGUCUUUUAAGGCCUCCCCCAGCAAAGGAUGGAAAACAUAGAUUGAUUGAAAUAUUCUGCUUAAAUAAAUCUGGCCAAAAUGGAUAAA